AUGUCAAGUCUGAAUGAUAAUGGAUUUGUCAAACACUUUGAAUUCAAAGAAUUUACAGAACUUAAAGAAAUCGGGAAGGGUGCGUCGGGUUUCGUCAUAAAAGGAAAUUACAAAAAAGGUGGUCAAAUAGUGGCCUUAAAAUGCGUUCAACAUCGAAACAGAAAAUCAAGUUUAAUUGAAAAAGAAAUGAGGUCAUUACAAGAACUAUCUUAUCAUAAAAACGUUAUAUCUUUCCUUGGUGUAUCUAUUGAUCAUGAAAAUGAAAGAUAUUUUCUUGUUCUUGAGUAUUGCGAAAAUGGAAAUUUGAGAGAAUACCUAAGGAAAUAUGAAUAUCAAUUAAAUUGGCCUAAAAAGAUAACGAUGUGUAGAGAUAUAGCACAUGGCUUACGAUGCAUUCAUAAUGAAGGGAUCACGCACCGAGAUCUACAUUCAAAAAAUAUCUUGAUACAUCAAGAUUCAAGAUUAAUUAUCGCGGAUUUUGGAUUGUCUGCACAAUUAUUAAAUGAAGCUGAAGCUACAUCUUCUAGCGUAUGCGGCAUGCUCCCCUACAUAGAUCCACAAGUUCUUAAUUCUCGUUAUCGACCAAAAAUGGAGUCGGAUAUUUAUUCUUUUGGAAUGUUAAUAUGGGAAAUAUCGACUUGUCGUGUCCCUCCUUUUGUGACUAUUGAUAAACUUUAUAAAAUGCUCACUAGUGACACCCCUCCAAUUAUAUCGGAAAUAAUUAUAAGAUGUUUAGAGUGUUUACCAGAAAAUAGGCCAAAAAUACAAGAAUUAGUAGAAAUUUUUGAUAAUUUGUAUAAUGCAAAUAAUAUAAGUUCGCCCAGUUCUCCUCGCCCUAUCCUUAUUUACACUCCAGUUAUAGAUUCACCAAUAAGUUCUCCUGGUUCUAAUUCUUUAUAUCGUACCGCUCCCGACAAUGAUAGUAAUACAAAUACAUCUGAAUUAUCAGAUUCUCCAUUUACGAAUAAUCUCAAUAAUCUUUUAAACCGUGAAUCUUAUAUUGUUCAUCCACCACCAUUACCACCAAAACCUCCUAAAAUAAAUACCGAUUUAUAUCCCCCACCGCCACCAAUACCGCCAAAACCUAAUAGAAAUACAUUAUACGGAUUCCAAACACCAUCACGGCAGGAACUACGAGCACCAUCACUACAAGAGUUACGGACACUAUCGCAGCAUGAAUUUCAACAAUCACCGCAGCAAGAACUGCUGAGAUCACCACAACAAGCACUAUUGACACCACCACGGUCACCACUACCAAGGCACGGAUAUGAUGCUUAUUAUUCAACAAAUAUGGCAAAUAUGGAAAAUAUAUUUUGUGAGGGCGAGGAUAAACUUACUAUUAAAGAGAUAGAAGGAACGCUCUUAGAAUUAAAAGCAAGAUAUGGCAAACCUGAUGUUGUUAAGGAAUCAUUCCAACGUUCACUUGAAUAUGAAGAUAAUAUUUCACAUUUUUUACAUUUAAUUAUCAGUAAUGAUAAUUUUCAAGGAAAAAAAGAAUUUAAGAGCAUAAUUAGUUGGUUAUUCGAUUUUGGAUUUCUUGGAAAGAUGAUUAAUGAGUUGGCACCUUUAGAACCAUUGUCAUCUUUAGAACCAUUGUCACCGAAGGUUUCACCAUUAUUCGCUUUAUCCUGCGUUCGAAAUUCGAUUAAUCAAAAUCAUGUCCAAUAUUUAUUACAAAAUGAAGCCGAUCCAACUUUAUUAUCGAAACCUUACGAACUAUCAGUUUUAAAUUUAGUAUUGCUUCGAAUGAUUAAUGAACAAGAGGAUCAUAGUUCUAUAAUUGAAGAAUUGCUUGAUCACGACGCAGAUGCAAAUGUACCUCUAGAUAUAAAUAAUCUUCAAUAUGAUCGAUAUUUUAUUAAGAGUAAACAGCACAAAACUUCCUUAUGCCCAAAAGUUCCUAAUUCUUUAUAUUUAUCAUUGUACCUUCCUGACAGAUAUAGGAAAAAGGUGAUAGGUUUAUUAAUUGAUAAAGUGGCGAUUACUCAAGUAGAUCAUGAAGGAAUAAAUGUUUUAGAGUACGCUGUUAAGGAAAAACUUUAUUCCGGAAUUAUAGAUUUAUUAAAAGAAGUAGAAGAAAAACUUCACAAAAGAGUCGCACGACAACUUGUUCAAAUAGAGCCAAGAGAAGACAUUUAUCAAAAUAUUAUAGCAAAUGCUAAUCUUCCAAUUAAAACAUCCAAACAUUGGGAUGAUUUACCAAAUAGUUUAUUUGCUUGCGUACAUAUGGAAAGGAUGGAACCCAAUAAUUUUGCAUACUUAAUUAAAAUUUUAAUUGAAAAUAAGGCAAAUUAUGAUAUGAAAUAUAGAGAUUUUAAUGUAUUACAUUAUUCAUUAAUAAUUCAUAAAUUUGAAGCAUUUAAAAAUAUCGUUAAAGCUAUACCAAAAAAUGAUGAAUGUUUAUCUCAAGGAAUUCAUUGGGUUCAAAAAAAAAAUUAUACAUUAACACCAUUAAAUAGAUUUUUAUUAGAAAUAACUCAAUGUAAUUUGGGAAUGACACCUUUAGCAAUUGAAACGGUUAAAUUAUUAUUAGAAAAAGGUGCCAACGCGGAUCUUUUCGUUAAAUCAGCCAAAGAUGAUCAUGAUAAAGAAAUUUUUCCCGAUUUUUCCAAUACACUUUUCUUGGCAAUUUAUUUACAAGAUAAAAUUGAUCGAGAUAUAAUUUUAUUAUUAAUUUAUUUAGGUAAAAUCAAUUUUACCACCAAAACGAUUACCACCAUUACGGCUUUUAAAAAUCUAAAUAUUUUACAAUACGCUAUAGCAUUACGUGAAAAUAUUGAACUUUUAAAAGUUUUAAUGGAAAAUGUGGUGGAAUUUAAUAAACAACCGUUAUUUAAGAGUGCGGAGAAAACAAGCAACACUAAAGUUAGAAAUUGGUUAAGAGAUCAUAAAAAAAAUUCGGAUAUAUUUAUUGUUGAGAAUCAAGAAAGAAUAACAAAAAAUAGACUUGGAAUUACAGUAUAA